UUUUCCACGUCAGUGUGUUUACCAAGAGCAGAUUGACAGCUGCUGGAAGGUGUUCCAUUUAUUCACUUAUGGAGGAUUUUUUUGGAAGAGUGAAUGAAUAAGUGGUGUUUGGAAACAACACGUUAUCACACCGUGGAAUGUCCGAAAUUUUCCGUUAAUCCUGCUGUCGUCGUGAACUGAACUUUGGUCUUCUUCAUUGAGGGUUGGCCGGCUAGCCUGCUAGCUUGCUGAGCUAGGCUAGCAGUAGCUACAGCAGGACUCCAUCUUUGAAAUAGCAGCUAUAUACAGAAAAGCAGCAUGGUGGACAAAAAAAUCUACAUUGUCCAGGGUGAAGUUAGUACUGUUGUUGGAGCUAUCAAGAGGAACUCAAGAUGGAACACCCACACUCCACUGGAUGAAGAACAGGACCCAUUACUGAACAGCUUUGGCCACGUCAAGGAAAUACUCAACAACAUAAAAGAGCUGUCAGAUGUUGAACCCAAUGUUUUUCUUCGGCCCUUCCUAGAAGUUGUCCGCUCUGAGGACACCACUGGACCAAUAACAGGCCUUGCCCUUACUUCCGUCAACAAGUUCCUUUCCUUUGGCAUUAUAGAUGCUAACCAUGAAGCAGCAGCAGAAGCCAUUGAGAACAUGGCAGAUGCAGUCACACACGCUAGAUUUGUGGGAACAGACCCUGCCAGCGAUGAAGUGGUCCUCAUGAAAAUUCUACAGGUGCUGAGGACUCUGCUGCUGACACCAGUUGGAUCCCAUCUGACCAACGAGUCUGUUUGUGAGAUUAUGCAGUCCUGCUUCAGGAUCUGCUUUGAGAUGCGCCUAAGCGAGCUCCUCAGGAAAUCAGCCGAACAUACACUGGUUGACAUGGUGCAGCUACUGUUCUCUAGACUACCACAGUUCAAAGAGGAAGCCAAGAGCUAUGUGGGUGCCAACAUGAAGAAGUUGAAGAUGCGUGCCGGUGGGAUGAGUGAGUCAUCCAAAUGGAAAAAGCAGAAACGCUCACCAAGGCCACCACGCCACAUGGUCCGAAGUCCUUCUGGUCAGAUGGAUGCAACUCAGUCCAGCACCCUCAGUAACAACAACCUCACAGGUGGCGUCCCGUUCAUUGAGCAAGGCUUAUCCACCUCUAGCCUACCAGCUUCAGAGAGUGCCAGUUCGUCCAUUUCCAGCCCUACAACCACAGACAGUGGCCUAGACACCUGUUCCAAAGCCACCUCCAGGGAAGAUCUCUCUGACCUGGAGCAAUGUUACUCAUCUACAGCUACCUUUAGCACUGGUGCCACGCUUCCUGAGACUGAGCCUGGCUCUCCAAGUAUACAGUCUGAGGACAGGCGAGUUGAGCAAGCUCAGUCUGCCUCAGUGGAGUCUAUCCCUGAGGUUCUGGAGGACAAAGAUUCCAUCACAGAGCAGUCAGACAACACCUCUGUCCAUGACAUGGACUAUGUUAACCCUCGAGGAGUACGUUUCACACAGUCCACACAAAGAGACGGAGCUUCCCUCAUCCCUUAUGGCCUGCCAUGUCUAAGGGAGCUUUUUCGCUUCCUGAUCUCACUGACCAACCCCCAUGACCGCCACAACACUGACGCCAUGAUGCACAUGGGCCUGCAGCUGCUGACUGUAGCACUUGAGUCGGCAAACAUUUCCAACCACCAGUCUUUACUAGGACUGGUCAAGGAUGAGCUCUGCAGACAUCUCUUACAGUUGCUGAGUGUGGACCGUAUGAACCUGUAUGCUUCCUCCAUCCGAGUUUGCUUCUUGCUUUUUGAAAGUAUGAGAGUCCAUCUAAAGUUUCAGCUUGAGAUGUACCUAAAGAAACUGAUGGACAUCAUCACGUCAGAGAACAUUAAGAUGCCCUAUGAGAUGAAGGAGAUGGCUCUGGAGGCACUGGUCCAGUUGUGGAGGAUUCCCAGCUUUGUCACUGAGCUGUAUAUCAACUAUGACUGUGACUUCUACUGCUCUAAUCAGUUUGAGGACCUCACCAAGCUGCUGUCCAAGAAUGCGUUCCCAGUGUCAGGGCAGCUCUACACCACCCACCUCCUGUCACUGGAGGCUCUGCUCACAGUGAUUGACAGCACCGAAGCCCACUGCCAGGCCAAGGUGCUCAACAGUGCUGCUCAACAAGACCAGUCAGAAACACUGCUGGCAGAGGGAGAAGGUUCAGCCAAAAAUGGGACAGACACUACAACUGAUCUAAAUAGACUGGACAGUACAAAUGGUGUGAGUCUUCCACCAGCCGAAAAUGCCCCAGUGUGUCCACCAACCAGUGGACAUUUGAUGGCAGAGAAGAUGAGACUGGGUAGACAAGAUCAAGGAGACAAUGACACUGCUGAGAAGAGAGCCCUUAAAAAACCUCAACGUUUCUCAUCAUGUUUACCUGAUUCCCAAGAGUUAUUAGAAAUUAAAACGAAGAAAAAGCUGCUGAUCACAGGCACAGAGCAGUUUAACCAGAAGCCUAAGAAGGGGAUCCAGUUUCUGCAGGAAAAAGGCCUCCUCAGUAACCCCAUAGACAACAACCAGGUGGCCCAGUGGCUCAGAGAAAACCCCCGCCUGGACAAAAAGAUGAUUGGCGAGUACAUCAGUGACCGCAAAAACAUGGAGCUCCUGGACAGCUUUGUAAACACAUUCACCUUCCAGGGGCUUCGUAUUGAUGAAGCCCUGCGGCUCUACCUGGAGGCUUUUAGACUACCUGGAGAGGCUCCUGUCAUCCAAAGACUCCUGGAAACCUUCACAGACAACUGGCAUAAAGUGAACGGCUCUCCUUUCAUGACCAACGAUGCAGGCUUUGCCUUGGCCUAUGCUGUCAUCAUGCUGAACACUGACCAGCACAACCACAAUGUCCGCAAGCAGAAUAUCCCCAUGACUAUAGAGCAAUUCAAGAAAAAUCUGAAAGGAGUGAAUGGAAACAAAGACUUUGACCAGGACAUGUUGGAGGAUAUCUACAACGCUAUAAAGAAUGAAGAGAUUGUGAUGCCAGAUGAGCAGACAGGGUUAGUGAAGGAGAACUAUGUAUGGAGUGUGUUGCUACACCGUGGCGCCACACCUGAGGGCAUUUUCCUCCACCUGCCACCCGGCAGCUACGACCAUGACUUGUUCACCAUGACCUGGGGUCCAACCAUUGCUGCGCUCUCCUACGUCUUUGACAAGAGCCUGGAUGACAACAUCAUUCAGAAAGCCAUCACUGGCUUCAGGAAAUGUGCAAUGAUAGCAGCUCACUAUGGCUUCAGUGAUGUUUUCGACAAUUUGAUCAUCUCCCUCUGCAAGUUCACCACUCUAAGCAGUGAGUCUGUGGAAAACCUUCCUACAGUGUUUGGCAGCAAUAAUAAGGCACAGACAGCAGCCAAGACAGUGUUUGACCUAGCCCAUCGGCACGGCAACAUCCUGAGGGAGGGCUGGAAGAACAUCAUGGAUUCCAUGCUACAGCUGUUCAGAGCCGAGCUCCUGCCCAAAGCCAUGGUUGAGGUGGAGGAUUUUGUGGAGCCAAAUGGAAAAAUUUCUCUUCAAAGAGAGGAAACGCCUUCAAAUCGCGGUGAGUCGGCAGUGUUGAGUUUUGUCAACUGGUUGACGUUGAGUGGAGCAGAGCAGUCAGGACUCAGAGGACCAUCCACGGAAAACCAGGAGGCCAAGCAGGCUGCCAUCCUUUGCAUAAAGCAAUGUGACCCAGAAAAGCUUAUCACAGAGAGUAAAUUCCUACAGCUAGAGUCUCUACAGGAGCUAAUGAAGGCUCUGAUAUCAGUCACCCCAGAUGAAGAGACCUAUGAUGAAGAGGAUGCUGCCUUCUGCUUGGAGAUGUUGCUGCGUAUCGUUCUGGAGAACCGAGACCGUGUGUCAUGUGUGUGGCAGACAGUGCGAGACCAUCUCUGCCAUCUUUGUGUCCACACCAAUGAGAGCUGCUUCCUGGUGGAGAGGGCUGUUGUUGGACUCCUUCGACUUGCAAUCCGGCUGCUACGACGGGAAGACAUUAGCUCUCAGGUUCUCCACUCCCUGCGUCUUCUGCUGAUGAUGAAAUCUCACGUCUUGUCCCGGGUCAGCAGAGAGGUGGCUUAUGGUCUCCAUGAGCUACUCAAGACUAAUGCAGCCAACAUUCACUGUACAAACGACUGGUACACACUCUUCUCCUUGCUGGAGUGCAUUGGAGCCGGUGUGAAACCUCCUGCCUCCUUCCAGCUGGCCUCCACCACUACUGACCAUGACACAGGUGCCCAGUCAGAUAGUGAGCUGCCAUCACAUCAUCUGAGUGAAGUGAGUUCAGAGCGUGGCUAUACGUCUGACUCAGGAGUCUACACCGAGCACAGCAAGCCCAGGAUUCUUCGCUCUGCAACAGACGUGGAUGUAGCAAGCAGUGGAUGGCUUGUGGUCGGGAAAGAUGACCUAGAGACGAGUAAGAGCCCUCCAGUAAGCACUAAAGCUCAGCUGAAUCAUCCACUGGUCAACCAGUACAGUCUGACAUUGGGUCAGGACCUAGGCCAGCAUGACACCAAGUCUCUCAUCAAGUGUGUGGAAACGCUCUCGUUCAUUGUCCGGGAUGCCGCCCAUGUCACCCCAGACAACUUUGAGCUGUGUGUUAGAGCUAUACGAGUGUUUGUGGAGGCCAGCCUCAAUGGAGGUUACCGCAACCAUGACAAAAAGAAGAGCCAUAAGUAUGACUCCUCCAAGUCCCGGAUGAGGAAGAAGGCAGGGGGAAAGGAUAAGGAGGGUGGAGGAAACACAAGGCGAGGAGGCAGCCGGGCAUCCAGCCAGCGUCCGUCACGUUCCCACAGUGAUGAGGAGGAGGACGAGGGUGUACCGGCCAGCUACCACACGGUGUCAUUACAGGUGCUUUUCCCCUUGCUAACUAAGCUGCUCGACAACAUUAGCCCAGCAGAUGUGGGCGGUAUGGAGGAGACCAGAAUGAGAGCCUGCACACUUCUGUCAAAGGUUUUCCUCCAGCACCUCUCUCCUCUGCUGUCCCUGCCUACCUUUGCUGCCCUCUGGCUCACCAUUCUGGAUUUCAUGGACAAGUACAUGCAUGCAGGAUCCAGUGACUUACUGUUGGAGGCAAUCCCUGAGUCUCUGAAGAACAUGCUGCUGGUGAUGGACACAGCAGGCAUCUUCCACAGCGCUGACUCCAGGACAGGAUAUUCAGACCUGUGGGAAAUAACCUGGGAACGAAUCGUCUGCUUCCUGCCUAACCUCAGGGAGGAGCUCUUCAAACAGACUGUCAUACCAGAUCCAGUACCCAGUCCUCCAGCAGAGCCUGUGCAGCCGACACCCUCAGCAGAACGACCUUCAUCCCCACACGUGUCUCAGCCGCCCUCCCCAGUCCCAGUUAUCCCUGCAGAUACACAGACCCCCAGCAGGCCAGCAUCACCCCAGGAGCCCCACCCAGCCAGUGCUAAUGGAUCAGACCGGUCGUCUCCAGUCCCACCUUCAGUUCCCCCCAUGCCGGUGCCGUUAACAACGUCCUCUGCCCAGGCUCCCUCACCUUUAACCCAGUCCCCCCUAAUCCUGCAACCCCUUGCCUCCCCCUUGCAGGUGGGAGUCCCACCCAUGUCCCUGCCAAUCAUCCUAAAUCCUGCCCUCAUUGAGGCCACGUCCCCUGUACCACUGCUUCCUGGUCCCAGACCUACUAGCCCUUCUGAUGAGGUCAAGUAAGAGAUCUCAAGCUACCAUACACCCCGACUCUUUCAUCUUUCCAGGCCACCUCCCCUUUUAACAACUGGAUCCAAUAGACUUCAAUUACAACUGCAGUAGCUUGUCACACCUCAAUUUUACCACAUUUCAUUUAAAGGAGAGAUGGCCCUAAACAUUGGACAUUGUUUUAAAAAAAACAAAACAAGAAAAACACCAAUUGCUGGUGCACAUUGCAUUCUUUGUGCUAUUUUUGUGUUGGUAUGUUCUUCUUCCUGUGGACGGAUGACUAAAUGGAGACAAUGGGUCAUCACAUCUGGAUAUUCAGAGACAGAAAAUGCAGGAUAAAAGUCAUAUUGGAAAAAAUAUUAAAAGUAAAAAUCUAAUUGAAGUAAAGUUGGUUCGCCAAGGAUCCUCCCAAUGUAGCCUACAAACGGGGCUACAGCUACCACUGACAAGACUGAGGUCCUGUCUUCGCUAUUUUGGGGGAGAAUUUUGGUGUUUUGGCAACCUGGGAGGGGUCUAUGUUGUACUAUACACGGUGAGCAUUUUAUUGGCUCAUUCCAUUAUUUUUAAACUUAGUGGAUUAUAUGUAUGAUAGACCAAAACAAUAAAAUAAAAACUUUGAUUCAGUAUUUCUCCACCACACAUUUAUUCUUGGGAGUGUAAGGAGGACUUUAAAGGAAAAGGCAAGUCUUAACUGUCUCAUAUAAAGACCCAAAGCUAACAAUGUGUUUGUCUAUCUGUCAGUGCUUUCUGACUUCCGUGGUUCUCAGCUCCAAGCCCAUUGGUUCCUGCUGAAGAUUUAUAUAUAUAAAUAUAUAGUUUGAUUAUAAAAAAGUAGUAAGUCAGUUAUUUCCAAAAACAGCUGGUCAUUGUACUUUUCAACAAAUGUUAAUCAAACAGGAGGAAAUUGUGAAUUUGUUUGGGACGGUUUCAGCUGCAGAUUAAUCCACACUUGGUGUUCUAGUAUUUGGACAUUUGUUUGUAGUAAGAAACAAAGAAAGAAAACAAGGGUGUUUGCGCUCUUAUUACAAGUCCAAAGAAAAA